AUGACUGAAAGUGAGCAGACCGAAGAUGAGCAAAACAACGACGCACUGGAAAACGAUGAAGAUCUACCAACUCUGGAGCCGAACGUCCCUCCCAAUGAAGUUGAAGAGUGGACCAACGAAUGCGACAAAGACUGUGAGACUUUUGAAGAGCUCAGUGACCACCAGACUGUUGCCGCUGUUAGCCAGGAAACUGUGACUUAUGACAAGGUCACUGCAGACAAGCUCACCUUGGAUUCCCAUUUUAUGAAUGAUCUCGAUUCGGACUCUCUUGAUCACGUAGAAGUCAUAAUGGCGAUGGAGGACGACUUUGGAUUUGAAAUUCUAGAUUCAGAUGCGGAGAAACUAGAGAGGCCCGCUGAUGUUGAGGAAGAGGACGACGACGACGCGGCGGGGGGCGGCGGGGAGGCGGGCUCCUCGGCCGCGUCGUGCGACGCUUUGAGGCGGAGGGCGAGGCGUGGGGGCGGACAGCGCCGCGGCGCCGACGACGCGGACGUCGACGACAGCUCGUCGAGCAGCUGCCACAGCGACCAGGAGAACGCCCACUCGCGGUUCCUGCUGCUGCCCGCUCACAGGCCGCACCAAUACAACCUCCACCACCAUGGCUGCAGACACCACCACCAUCACCACCACCACCACCACAACCACCACCACAACCACGCGACGUCUCCGGCCUCGGGUGGCGGCGGCGGCGGCGGCGGGCCCUUGGAGGCGGCGUCGCAGUCCGGGAGGCGGCGCUGCAGCUCCGGGGCCGGCGGGGGCGGUCGCUGCCCCCAGCAGCAGGUGCAGCAGCGGCAGGCGGCCAACCUGCGCGAACGGAGGCGCAUGCAGAGCAUAAACGACGCGUUCGAAGGGCUGCGCGCGCACAUCCCCACACUGCCCUACGAGAAGCGGCUGUCCAAGGUGGACACGCUGAAAUUAGCCAUCGGCUACAUCAACUUCCUGAGCGAGUUGGUGGCGUCGGACCGUGCGGGGGCGGCAGGUGGCGUCGGCGGCGGCGCCGGGGGUGGAGUCGGCGGUGGCGGCUUGCGCGGCGUGGGCCACGGCCCGCUGCGGGAUCAGCCCAAGAAGGUCAUCCUCAGGGGAGGCUUCGGCUGCCCGUUCACGGCGCACUCGCUAUCGUGGUCCAGCAGCCGGUCGGAGCGCACGCCCACGGCUGCCGGGCUGAUGUUCGCCAAGGUGUGGACUCCAGAGGACCCCAGGGCUGCCAGCAAGGCAGCCUCGGCUGUCCCGGCCGGCGACGCCCCCACGGCGGCGCCGCAGCGCUUCUGA